ACAUCUCAUCGCCUUCUCAUCGGUCGAUCACACUCUCGAUAUUGAUAGUACACAAAGGCUGAUAACUUAGUUAAGAGCUUGAGGAAACAAUGGCUGCCGCCUGGCUUAGGCUCUCUGUUGCGCUGACAUGCGCAUUGCUCUUGUCGUCGGCGUGCCAUGGCCUGCAGGUUGGCUACUACAAGAAGACGUGCCCCCGCGUGGAGGCCAUCGUGAGGGAGGAGGUGAAGCGCUUCGUCUACAAGAACGCCGGCAUCGGCGCCGGCCUCAUCCGCAUGUUCUUCCACGACUGCUUCGUCCAGGGGUGCGACGCCUCCGUCCUCCUCGACCCGACGCCGGCCAACCCGCAGCCCGAGAAGCUCAGCCCUCCCAACUUCCCCAGCCUCCGCGGCUUCGAGGUCAUCGACGCCGCCAAGGACGCCGUCGAGAAGGCGUGCCCCGGCGUCGUCUCCUGCGCGGACAUCGUCGCCUUCGCCGGCCGUGACGCCGCCUACUUCCUUACCAGAAUGACGAUGAAGAUCAACAUGCCGGCCGGCCGCCUCGACGGGCGCGUCUCCAACUCCACGGAGGCCCUGGACAACCUCCCGCCUCCGGUCUUCAACCUCGACCAGCUCAUCGCCAGCUUCGCCGCCAAGGGCCUCACCGCGGAGGACAUGGUCGUGCUCUCCGGCGCCCACACCAUCGGGGUGUCCCACUGCUCGUCCUUCGUCUCCGAUCGCCUCGCCGUCCCCUCCGACAUCAACACCGGCUUCGCCAACGUGCUGAGGAGGCAGUGCCCCGCCAGCCCAAGCUCGGCCAACGACCCCACGGUGAACCAGGACGUGGUGACCCCCAACGCGCUCGACAACCAGUACUACAAGAACGUCCUGGCGCACAAGGUGCUCUUCACGUCGGAUGCCGCCCUGCUUGCCACGCCGGCGACGACCCAGAUGGUGCGCGACAGCGCCAACAUUCCCGGGCAGUGGGAGGCCAAGUUUAACAAGGCGAUGGUCAAGAUGGGAGCCAUCGAAGUGAAGACCGCUUACCAGGGAGAGAUCAGGAGGAACUGCAGGGUCGUCAACCACUGAACCAACGAAUCAUCAUGGCGUCCUAUUUUUGUUUGUGCACUUCAGUUUUUGCACUUGCGGGUUCACCUACUUGUGAGUGACCUCCGUUGAAUUUCACGCAUGUAAUUUGUCUGUUGUUUCAACUCUUCAAAAUUCUUUGGCUGGUUUGUUGGUGCUACUGCUGUUCCUUCUUUUUUUGGCGAAUCAAAUAGAUCUACUUCUC